AUGAAAUGGAGUGGCCGAGUGAGGCGUGUCAAUUUAAUAUCCUCCGGUGGCCUGAUGAUGGAUGGCACUUUUAUUAACCCUGCCGGACGUGCGUCGCUUUACGACUGCAAGUCGAUGCUCGGUUUCCUAAGAAAUCUCAAGCCAACGGACUUCGGUUUCCCGUUCGCUCCACCGGUCACACACUUCGAUCACAGUAAAACCUCUGCAGUCUAUGGAAAUCCUUUGCUGUCUGAAUUUAAAAAAAAGGGUAAAAAACCACAAAUACGCGCGAUUUCAAAUAUCGAAGCCGUCAAUAAUUCGAAAAUGGAACAUGCGCUCGCGUGGCGGCGCGGUGCUUCACGACUGAUCGUGAACGGCGAGGCACGCGCCGGUGCCUUCAUUCACAAAUCGAACGGCGGGGGCAGGGGCGCGGGGCGAGAGGGGAAUGCCCAUUCAUGA